UAUGUCUUAUGGCUGCCAUCCAGUCUGAGCUACUGCGGUCUGAGCGAAGCUUCCCUACCUCAUUUAGCUUCUAAAGACAUGAGAACGAGUCUUUCGCUCUCUUCACAUUGACGGCAAUAUAUUUCAAACUUCUGACUGCUUCGAACGCAAUCGUGUCUCUGUCCAGGAUUCGUGAGAAUAGCGGCCAAAUUUGUUUCAAUGACGUCGAAGCCACGAGUUCACAACCAAACUAUUAUCAUCUUAAUUUUCUUUCGAUGCAGGUCAAGCUCAAUGAUCGGCUGACAUCGUGGAAGCGUGUACUUGCCUUUCCCGGCAUUCCCGAGCGAGAAGCCCGCGCGUUAUUCUGCUCAAAACCAUCAUAUCUCUACAUGAAACAUCCUCACCAACAAGUACCUCCGUUUGUGCAGGUAUGUAAAAAGGGCCUGAUCUUGUGGUCACAAAAUUCAUUCCACACCAUUCAUCGAAUUCACGUCAGGAAAAUAUGCUAAUCUGCGCAGCAAGAAACCAGUUACCAAUUGCAAGUGUGCCACCUCAACGCUCAGCAGAGAUCCAGAUCCAGAUUCCACCCGGAGAGGACCUGACUUGUACGUGAACGAGAAAAAUGAAUCACUGUCGGAGCCUGGUUAGUGCCCUUUCUCUGUCUGACACACUAUCUGUACACCUUCAUUCACGGUUCGGGUCUCUGCAGCGUGAUCACGGAUGAUAACUCGACGUCUGGAUGACUUUGGCCCCUGGGAAACAUAUUGAAUGGCUUGAAAAAAUACAAGGUACAGGUGGAUAACAUACACCAUCAAGCUAAUCCAACAUCAGACGCCCUAUAUGAAACAAUUAAUCGUUAUUGGGUUGUAGCCCCAAAAAUGUCUGUCUUUUACACACAUAGAUAGAUGAUACAUAAUCCUUGUGAUUACUCUUUAUGACUCUAAGAAAUAAACAAUAUAGAACAAUAUGACCUCUUUCUUUUAAAUAUACAUAUACUUUGUAAGUUACCUCGAAAGUAAAAUACGAUUCACAUUUCGUGAAUGCAGUUUCCCUACCUUUGGAUCUAACUCGUGUUCCAUCUUCCUAAUGUUUAGUACUGCGUCGUAUCCUAGUUUUUGGUAAAGUUGGCCUUCCGGUGAGAAUAGACCAGGAUACCUUUUUGCAUGCUGAAGACAUAGUUCCUACUUUUAUACAUUCUACAUACAAAAACGGUGUAGUUUGUAAUGACCACACUUGCAGUAUGAUAGUCGUACAAGUUUCAAUUUCUGUCCAUCAUGGUGAGGAACUAUGAAGGAACAUAUAGUACGAUAUCAGAUCAGAUAAGAUGAGAUAAGAUCGUAUGCCUCUUCACGGCCUCUCAGUUCUUUCGUGAUUGAAUAGGUCAUCUAUCUAUCCAGACAUUUCUUCAACUUUCCAUCUUGUUUUUUAUUUCAAUUUGUACCCGACUGACCUCUCGGGGACUUGCAUACUUUCUAGUGUCAACUCCAGCCCUUCGGGCCUUGAAAAAGAUAAAAGGAAAAGGGGCAAAGUAGAUAACAAAAAGGCAUGGGAAGGCCGUUACACGAAACGGAAACCAAUGCCUAGCCCCAGUAUGAUCCAGACACUCCUUUCCUUUCUACUUGGACAAAUUUUGCUGUUUCUGGGAAGUAGAAACAAUAAGAUCGAAGUGUCUGCUUUUUCUGGAAGUAAGUGCAGUCAGUCCGUCAUGGAGGAAGUAGGACUCACGAUACAGUCGGCACUAAGUUAUGAAGGAAAAAGGAUGGGAGCACUCCAUCCAAUCCUACAGGGUUUUGUCCGAAUAGAAAUCCAAACGGGUGACAAGGGGUUUAGCAUGGCUAUGGAGAAUGUGUACCUAUACAUUCGAAUCAAGUCUACAACGUCUAACAAUAACAGUGCAUCUAAAGCUUCAUCGAUGAAGUGAUUGUUUAAUCCAUCUCCGGAAUAAACAUGAUCAACUGUCAGGUAAAUUUACAGCUCAUGAUCAACGACAAUAUCAAGAUGUCUCAGUCCAAUAAAUUUUCAAUAUGCGUCGAGCUUCUUUCAAAUCCGAGCUCAACAGUUUCUCUCGUUUUUCUUACGCUUCUUAGAGAACAACUAAAGCUACUGUCCUGACUGCUCUCUUCUCCACUGCAUAAUUUCCUUCUGCGCAUGGCUAUUAGGUGUUCCCAGAGAAAGUACAGGGAUUUGCAAGGCCACAAUAGUAUGUAAGGUCACCGCAAUUCUAUGGAGUUCCAAUGAAGCAAAUGAAGAUCUUCAUACCUUGGAUGAGUGAUAUGGUCUUACGCAUUGAGAAUGUAUGCAAUCACACUCGCAGGAAUAGAAUUCGGAAGUCCGCCGUGACUGGUGGAAGUGCCACGAUCCUGUUUCUAUUCGUUCUGUAAUUUGAACCUUGGGGCCUGGCACCAUGUUAUCCGUUUGGUGACAUCUCUGUACGGCUCGAUGUGUCUUCACAUCCUUUGCCUUGUAAUACCUGGUCCAGCGUUUGAACACAAGCCUUGCAUGAAUCUGAGUACUUACAUCUCAAUGAUACAAACAAUAAUCCAUAUGUACACGCUGUUGUGCAGUUCCCGGGGAUGCAUUAAAGAAGGUUCAACUAGAAGUCACCAUCAGGUAGCGCAGACACCUCCAGUGGAUGGCCAUCUAAGAAUGGCUAGGUUCUGCCAUAGAAAUCGCAGACCACCAAUGGUAACGGCUGACGAGCACAUGUGCGCAGAAGAACGGACGUAUCAAACUGACAGUGAUGGUGAAAAGAUAGCAGGCAUGUAAGGCUGACGGUCACGUCAGUCUGUUUCUGAAGCUACCUUGCACUCACCGUGCAUGGUAGGUACGAAAAGCACCAUAUUGUGCACUCAAUGCAUGCUAUGACUGCAAAUCAGUCUCUGAUAUCUGUGUUUGGUCUCCCUGUGUCUCUCACAUGACUCAACACGCUACAUUAGAUUGAAACAAAGCCUAGUUUAGUUUAUCUUUACUUAUUUUUUAAAAAACUGAGAUCUAUAACUAUAUCGGUGACUAUAAUUACAACAAACUCUGUUGUUAAUAUGAGAUACAACUCCAAUUUCAUACUGUGAAUAGAGGUUGAUGGAUAAUAAAUUUAAAGUAUAAUACUGGAGGUUUUUUUUCAAAUUAUCUUGAAUAAGCUGAAAGUAGUACCCAAAACAAAGCUAAAGUAUAACGACAGAUAAUUAUUGCUACUUUAUUGUACAGUUUUGCAUCAAAUUUAUCUCGGAUAUUUUAUGUGUACAACGCAAGUUGCAAUCAAUGCAAGGAUAAAAUCGAUGUUGAGUGCAGGAAAUUUUCUCAUCGUGCAAACAAUUUCAUCAUCCAAAUUAAAGUCUGUCCGAAUGUGCCAAACUGCAAUGAAAAGAUAAGAGCAGAGUGUUGGUGCGCGUGCGUUCUGUAAUCGUCCUGUAGUUCGUUAAGUAUAAUCUCGGGUUUGGUACUAUUCGUUUACGUACUUCAGGAUGCAUCUCGUUUUCUGCUAGCAUUCAAGAGUUGGUGAUCCAUGCUCAGUGCAUGAGUUACCGACUCUUCGCUGUCAGAAAGAUUUACUGAGAUAUGAUACAUUCUCCUAGGAAUAUAAAAAAGGAUCCAAUUGUUUGUUCUCAGGACCAUAGCAAGCGAGCAGUCACUCAAUUGCGCGAGUCCCGGGGAGUUCACAUGGACUCCAACAAAUCUGCACUUGUCGGAUGUGGAGGAGAAAAUUCGUGGUACGAAUAACCAGCUGUACGUUUUCAGUUCCCGAGAAGUUUAGACACCAAAAGCUUUGAGGACAUGUCACUGAACAUUGAACACAUGUCAGUGAAAUAAUGGGCCUGACGGACAUAGGAAGGGAAAACUCUUUGACGGAAGGCAGGCAAGCAUCUACUUGCCCCGAAUGGAGGAGGGAUAGAUAUGGGAAUUCCCUCCACCGCAGGAGUGACCCUAUUCUCUCCGUCCAUAUUCUGCACGGUAGAGGACUACUGCUGGAAAGGGAUACAAUACUCUCCGCAGCAGAAAAACAGAAAUGAUGGGAAAAGGGUUGGUGUCAAAGGACGAGCUACGAGCCCUGACGAAAGUGUCACCCAGAAGUUCUGUGGGCGGGUGACGAAGGAGCAGACGGACGAUUCUCAACAACCGAAACAGAUGUAGUAUAUCCGAGAAGGGAUGAAACAAACAGACUUAUCUGGAACAAUAGAGUCUAUUCUGUCUAUUGAAUAGACAUAUGCGUGCUGCUCACUGCCUCAAAAUAAUCUCGAUUUACUCGUUGCGGAAGAAGAUGCAAACUAAUCAUCGACCUCAUCUGAGUUUCUGAAUGUCCCCCUGCCUCACACUGAGCUCAUAAAACUGAUGCCUAGCCUCCCAUCUACAAUCUUCUCGGAAGGCUGAUUGAAAUCCUAUCACUAUAACAACCAACUGAUAGUGUUCACACCUCCGCACACAAACCGACCCCGUCCAGCGGCAUAGAAAGCUCCGAGAUUUUGUCCCUGCCAAAACGUGGGCGGUGAAUGUUUGAUCCUCCUUCCGAUCUGCACGCUUUCUGGACUAUGAAAAGAGCCGACGACCCUUUUCGCUCAGACUUUCGUGGUUCAGACCUCGUGGGCCCGGAAACUAUCCUCGAUUGGUGCAUCCAAUUCUAAAAAUAAUAAUCGAAUAAUAGGAACGACACAAGCUUCGAAAUUCGACCUGGUCUGAUCUCAUGUGCUUCACCUUCUGAAGUCUCAAAAGCGGCCGAAGCAAUGAUAUUGACCUGAUGCCCACAUUUGUCGCUCCUCUAGGUUCUGACAGGUUCCUGUCUUCCUUCAGACAUAUCGUACCGCUAGUCAAAGGUGAAGAUAUCGAAUCAGCAGGCGUUGACUGAGAGGGCAUCGUUCCCGCUAUCAUCUUAUGCCGUUUCAGUGAUAGGUUUUGAGAUCCAUCAGUGCUCACUCACUCGUGAUCACAGCAAGGUUGAUAAACUCCGUUCUAUAUUCCAGCUUGCUGCUCGAUGGGCAUAAACCAAGUUCUGGAUUUCAAUGCCAGCAGUGAAAUUGUGAAGCUGAAGAUCCAUCUCGAACUGAAACUGUGGAGCAGAGGAUCCAGCUAAUGUUCAAAUGCCUAGGGCUUUUUGAGUUUUCAUAUUUCUAGUUGCAGCUAUCGAUGCAGGCGAUUGUUAACAGCCAGCACAUCCCACGGAUAUCAAAGCGAAUUUGGAUAUGGCCACUAGAAUGAACGGACACUGAAUGUGUCUUCAUUGAGCUGGGUGGUGUAACGAUUGCAUGAUACUGGAAGCUUGCAUCUACGAGCCCCAUGGAGAUUUAUGGGGAGCAGGGAAACUUCACCAACUGUGAGACGGAAAUCAAAGCAUCGCCGAAUGUGUGGAUUAUGCCUUUCCCUUGGUUCAGUCACAUUGCUAGCCAUUUGAACGUGGCAAAGCAACUGGCCAAAUUCGGUUUGACUGUAACAUUUUUUGUCCCAGAGAACGACGAACAGCGUCUGAUUGCGUCUGGACAUGUAACGCCGGAUAGAUGGACACAUGAAGGUUUAGAUAUUCGCAUUCACCGCAUCAAAAUGGGAGCAGUGAAGUUGGGCUACGGGGAUAAUGAUGGUUCUCCGAGCUCGCCGGAAAAAGUGGUCAGGGUUGUGGAUGAGACUGAGAAUGCAUACAAGAAGGAGUUGGGAACCAUCUUGGCGUCUGAGUUAGCACCGAGCUGUCUAAUUGCAGACCUCUGGUUGCCAAGGGUGAGGGAGUUUGCCACUCAGCAUGACAUUCUAUCGUGGGCGAUGUGUACUUUCUCCACAAUCUAUGUAGCGGGGGCACAUUAUGUACACCAUCUAAUAGAGAAUGGUUUCUUGCUGUCACCACCAUCGUACAAAGAUCCAAAGUUCCAGAACGAGGGCCUCAGCCUUCCAGGUCUAGCCUUCUGUCCUUUCGAGGACCUUCCUUCUGGCUUCAGCAAAGGAGCCCCCACGUUCAACUGCUCAGCUCGGUGUGCGCUGUCCAUGGAAAAAAGUGACGUUAUCCUUCUUCCCAGUUUCAAAGAGCUGGAUGGCAGAGUAUUCUCCGAGUUCGAGCGUCAUCUACGAGCCUCAGCGGCCAGGAAUUACAGAAAGGCACCACGCCUGCUGACUAUUGGACCGACGUUUCCGAUCUUGUCUCCAACGAGUGAAGGUGGAGAGGAAGAAAGAUUUCCAGUUUUGAAGUUCCUUGACUCCCAACAAAAAUCUUCUGUGCUGUAUGUGGCGUUUGGAGGUGAUGGCUGCCACUCCCGAGAGCAGAUUGUGGAAAUUGUUCAUGGACUGGAGAACAGUCAGCGGCCAUUCGUGUGUGUGCUGCUUCCUCCUUUGAAGACUGCAGACGUUCAAACCGACGAUGUGUUCUCAGUGAUACCUGCUGAUUGCAUUGAACGGACCAAAGGCCGAGGGAUGUUUGUGCAGAGAUGGGCACCUCAGAUGAAAGUCCUGGCACACCCAUCAACUGGAGGUUUUCUGUCCCAUUUUGGCUUCAAUUCCAUGAUGGAAAGCGUGUGUCUGGGAGUACCUCUACUGGCGUGGCCGUUGUUUGCCGAGCAGAAGCUGACUGCGAGGUGGGCGGUGGAUGAAGCGAAGAUUGCCUUGGAAGUUGGCAGGGGACCAGGUGAUUUUGUGGACAGAAAAGAGGUGGAGAGGAGUGUGAGGACUCUGUUCGAUUCUGAAGAAGGGAGGGCUGUGAAGAAAAGAGUUUCCGAGCUCAAGGAGAUGGCUAAAGAGGCUGCGGCAGAGAACGGGUCCAGUUGGAAGAAUUUGAAGCUUCUCGUUGAUCUGGUUAGAGAUGAAAGAAAAGGACAGCAGUCCAGUCAGCAGCAUCAGCACCAACUACCAGCAUCUGUCGAUCAAUCUGGCUGCAAUACUGCGCAUGUCAAGGUCUGAAUACUACUCUGUCAAAGUCUCUCCUGCUGUCCUUUUACAUCGAGGAGAAGAGUGGUGAAAUGAUGUAUGAAGCUCUCUGAGUUGAAACCUCUUCUUACAAAUGAUUUCUCCUCUGAUUUUUGAGGUCCAAUGUCGAAUAAAUAUUUGUACUGACAAAUAAAUUCAAGAAUUGGGACCGGUAGCACCAAAGGUCAUUCAAUGUGUCGGCACAUGUGGAUCCAUGACAUUUUUAAGGUCACAAAAUAUGACCUUGUCGCCUACAUGUAAUAUUGCAAAGUCCGGAACUUAACUCUUUCUGAAUUCACAAGAAAAUC